GCAAAAGAAGAUCAGAAAACGCUUGACCCACGCUUAAAAAGGUUUGACAUAUAUACGCGCAUACACACACACAUAUAUAUAAAUAUAUGUACACACAAGCCAUCAAGAUCACAAACACUUAUCUUCAAAUCCUGAUCAAAUCUUUGUCUUGUAAACACAGAAAGUUCUUAAGCAAUGGAAGCUACUUCACAGCCUUGUUUCUCUCAUAAUUACCGUAGAUCAUCUGAAAACUACAACUCAUCGCUCCAUUCGACACGAAAGCAACCAGCAAAGCCAUGGAAAAGACCCGUAACAGCUUCGCUUCAACGAAUGCAUCCCAGAGUUUACCGAGUCGAGCCUGUGAACUUCAAAGAGUUGGUUCAGAGUCUAACCGGCGCACCACAAGAUCAUGAGAGAGAUCAGAUGCAUCAAGUUGAAACUAAGCCACUACUCAAGAUGCAACACGGUCUAGUUGAGGUUAGGCAGCCACUCAAGAUUUUCCAUGAAACAACAACUCAAGAGAACCCAGUGGCGUUUGAUCUGUCUCCUUCAUCAUCUCGUUUUUGGGAAGCUUUCCCUCUUCUCAGUCCUGCGAAUCUAUCAAGAUGGUAGGAAAAAAGAAAACGAAAAAGCUUUCAUUGAUUGCAAUUCUUGAAAUUUAUCGCUAGAAAGAUGUAUGUAUACGAAGAGAGAACACUUGUUACUGUUACAUUACAAAACAUCUGUUUUUAUGAAUCUUUUUCGCGCUC